AUGGCUGUCCCAUCAAGAAAACUCAACAUUGGAGUUGUAGGCUUGGGCCGGAUGGGGCAACGCCAUGCCCUGAAUAUCCUGCAUCAUGUUCCCCGGGCGCGACUCCAUAGUGUGUGUUCCGUCGCUCCGCAUGAGAUUCAGUGGGCCAAGGAUCAUUUACAACCCGAAGGAGUCAUUAUAUUCAGUGAUUACGACCAGAUGAUACGCAUGAAAGGCUUGGAGGCUGUAGUAAUCGCUUCGCCUACGGCUUUGCACGUUGAGCAUACCUUGGCUGCAGUUGAGCAAGGAGUUCAUGCAUUAUGCGAGAAACCAGUUACCACAGAUCUCUCAUCAAUGCGGGGGCUAGUUGAGGUCGCGGAGACAAGCCCGAACACAAAAGUGAUGGUCGGCUUUGUUCGACGAUUUGAUGAACAGUAUCAAGCAGCUCUUCAAAAGAUUCAAGAAGGUGCCAUUGGUGAUCCCAUUAUUGUUCGCUCACAAGGGGCCGAAAAAUUAGACAAGUCUGGGUUUUUCAUUGAAUAUGCUCGACAAAGCGGCGGGAUCUUUGUCGAUACAGUUGUCCAUGACAUUGAUCUUACUUUGUCUUUCCUGGGUGAGGAUAUCAAGCCCAAAGCGCUCUGGGCAACGGGUCUCAUAGUACACCAUCAUGAGCUGAAAGAUUGUCAGGACGCAGAUAAUGCAGUAGGGGUGGUGGAAUUCUGGGGUGGAAGGAUUGCACACUAUUAUCACUCGCGAACUACGGCUCAUGGGUACGACAACUGUACUGAAAUUAUCGGCACAAAAGGUAAAAUCUCGAUCAAUCUCGUGCCGCAUAGCAACAGGGUACAAAUAUCGAAUUCCUCGGGAAUUGUGCAGGACGCGACCCCGGGCUGGAUUGAUCGGUAUCGUGAAGCAUUUGUAACGGAGCUGAACCAGUUUACGGAUGCGAUUUUAGAAGGCAAAAAGCUUCCUCUGCGGCUAGAAUCCGCAUAUUCUGGACUGCAUAUAGCACUUGCCCUGCAGGAAAGCCUCAGAACAGGACGCAAGAUUGAAUUCGACGAGAAUGGUGUUCGAAGAGAGUAG